UUUUAUGUAGCGUUUUGUAUAGUAUGCAAUUCAUUAUGUUUUAACCUUUUCCAUACGUUAACGUUUAAUAAAUUGUUUACAGUCAAACACGAACAAGUUACUAUAUUUAAACUAAAACCUAAUAUCAACAUAGUUUUAUUACCGAAAUAUUCGAAUCAACCAUCGGGGCGUGGUUGCUAUUGCGACUAGGAUUACACAGAGGGGAUUCCCCUCAUGGGGUUGAACUUGUUUAUUGAGAAGUAUAAAUGACUGAUGCAUCGUUCAAAAUGCAUGGCGGAUUGCAGACUGAUUGAUGUUCAGGACGACAUCUGAAAACUCUUGAUACAGCUAGCUGCUUGGCGGUCCACAUGUCAUAUCAGUACAAGUCACGUACGAUACUCCAGUUUGCAAACAUUCCGCGCCGGAGAACAACCUUACUGAUUGGUCUCGGACACGCACUGUAUCGAUGGCUAAAAGUGACUCGAGACUUGCUGAACCAAAAGGAUUCCAUAGACAGGGCAGUGUCAGCCAACAAGACCUGAUACAGUGGGGAAAUGCCUCCGUUGAGACAUGCACUCUGAUAAGCUUGCUCGGAUACGGACCGGAGAUCAUACAGGCAAGGAGAGACGCAUACAGGGAGUGGGGCAGGCUUACGACUACACGGUCAUGUGGUGCGGCAACGUUGAUUGUUACGGGUAGCAAGGCUAAGGGGCUGAGCAACUAUCUGGAAAGUGAUUUUGAUGCAAUGCUUGUACUUAAUAGAGUGAUCUGUUUAGAUGAUGAUGUCAAUGCAAGUACCUUUCCUGGGGAGAUAACUGUGUUGAGAUCACUCAGCCGCAUGAGCUACCAUGGACACUGUGGACUGCUAUUGGAGAGACGUGGUAAAACAAUUAUCAGAAAGAAAUUUGAUGGCAACCUCUGGACUGGAUAAGGAACAGCAACGUACAUGGAUAUCAACAAUUACCGAAAUGAUUAAUGAAGGACCGAGAAUGAUACUAAGACUUCAAAAGAUACGACAAGCUCGUAUUGCUCAUCCUGAACCAUUACGGUGGAACAGCAGGAGAAGAAUUGAGCUGGAGUUGCUGCAGCUCAUGCACAUUUAUGGAAGGUAGUCGAUUUAACAACGCACGGGAUGUUUUAAAUAUGAUGUUGUUGUAUUACGGAUAACACUUGCUUAUACUGCGAUAACGUUCAUCGUUCAUAUUGUCAAAGCGAAUUGUUGAGCAGAUUGUGAUAUUUUAAUGACUUUACUAUUCAGGCAAUACAUGAACUCGUAAAUGUGAUUGUGAGGCGGGUUCGCUGAGGGUGAUUAUAUAAGGGGGGUGAGUUUACAACCUGAAUGAUGUUGUGGUAUGUUUUUGUAU